UCGGAAGGCGCCUCGGAGGGUGCGCGCCCGUUUGAGGAGCGGGGUUGGGUUGCGGGGAUCGACGGAUCCGUCCGUCCGGUCCGGGAGGCCGGAAUGCAGCAGCAGGGGCAGAUGAGCAAGAGUGCCGCGGAUGUGGACUUCUUCACGGAGUACGGCGACGCGAACCGGUACAGGAUCCAGGAGGUCAUCGGCAAGGGGAGCUACGGGGUCGUGUGCUCCGCCCUCGAUCUGCAGACGAGGCAGAAGGUGGCGAUCAAGAAGAUACACAACAUCUUCGACCACGUCUCCGAUGCCGCGCGCAUCCUCCGCGAGAUCAAGCUCCUCAGGCUCCUGAGGCACCCCGACGUCGUCGAGAUCAAGCACAUUAUGUUGCCUCCGUCGAGGAAGGACUUCAAAGAUAUCUAUGUGGUGUUUGAGCUUAUGGAGUCUGAUCUCCACCAAGUUAUCAAGGCCAACGAUGACUUGACGAAGGAGCAUUACCAGUUCUUUCUCUACCAACUGCUCCGAGCCCUCAAAUACAUCCAUACUGCUAGUGUUUACCAUCGUGACCUGAAGCCGAAGAACAUUUUAGCAAAUUCUAACUGCAAACUGAAGAUAUGUGAUUUUGGUCUGGCACGAGUUGCAUUCAAUGAUACCCCAACAACAGUCUUCUGGACGGAUUACGUCGCAACAAGAUGGUAUAGAGCUCCAGAGCUCUGUGGAUCCUUCUUCACGAAGUAUACACCUGCCAUUGACAUUUGGAGCAUUGGGUGCAUUUUUGCGGAGGUGCUGACAGGGAAGCCUUUGUUUCCUGGUAAAAAUGUUGUCCAUCAGUUAGACUUAAUGACUGAUCUUCUAGGAACACCUUCCGUGGACACAAUUUCUCGGGUCCGGAAUGAAAAAGCAAGAAGGUACUUGAGCAGUAUGAGAAAGAAAGACCCAGUUCCAUUUUGUCAGAAAUUUCCCAAUGCGGAUCCUUUGGGACUAAAACUCUUGGAAAAGCUAUUAGCGUUUGAUCCAAAGGACCGUCUAACUGCAGAAGAGGCAUUGACUCAUCCAUACUUUAGAGGCCUUUCCAAGCCUGAUAGAGAACCAUCCUGUCAGCCAAUCAAAAAACUGGAGUUUGACUUUGAGCACAGAAGAAUGUCGAAGGAUGAUAUAAGGGAGCUAAUAUUCCAGGAGAUAUUAGAAUAUCACCCACAAUUGCUGAAGGACUACAGAGACGGCACAGAGAGGACAACCUUUCUAUACCCAAGUGCUGUUGACCAAUUCAAGAAGCAGUUUUCUCAUCUUGAAGAAAGUGAUGGUAGUGGCCCUGUUCCAGGAGAGAGAAAACAUGCAUCCCUUCCUAGGUCCACUAUUGUCCACUCAACUCCAAUACCUGCCAAGGCACAACCUCCCGUGGCCCCAUCGAGGGGCAGACCAAUCUCCAAUGAGACAGGAAGGUACCCUGGAAAUGUUCCCAGUGCUGCUCAGGCUGCACACACGGCACAAGCAGCAUUACCUUACGAAAGUGGAAGCGGCAAAUAUCCUUACUCAGGGUACUCUCCCCAGCCACAGAUCCCACAAGCAUAUGGGUAUCAUCAUCAACCGCCCAGUGCUGGGCAACCACAUGCCAUUGGGGGCUAUGCUUGUGCAUACACCACCAAAGGCACGGUGGUUAAUGCCGCCGCUCCAGGCAUGAGAGCAUCCUCCUACCAACAUCUUCCAGCACCGUCGAAGAACAGCCCGCUGGACAGACUAGCGGCGGAAACCACUGACAUUUACACAAGAUCUCUCAAUGGCAUCGUGGCCGCCGCUGCGGCAUCAGCCGGCACCGGGGGUGCUCACAGGAAGGUCAGCGCCACAGUGCCAUUUGGGGUGUCGAAAAUGUACUAGUGUUGCCCAAAAUGACAUGUCAGCAUGUCUUCGGAGCUCUGAAACCGACUCCUCGCUGGGAAGCUGCUGCCCCUAGUAAUUGGAGUCGUGGCAACAGAUGGGGAAACUAAUUGGCCUGAAAUAACUGAGGGAUGAUGGUCGUCUAGAAGAGGGCAAUGCGAAGAUAGGUGAUCUGAGGCAGCUUCUGAUCCUCUCCCAUCUCUUCUCUAGCUUUUUUGUGCUUUACAUAUAGGCAGGGAUUGUGUUGGUCUCUGCACACAACAGGGCCUUGUGACAUGAGUUAUUUAGUUGCAAUUCAGCUGGUUGGUUAGCGGCUGUUUGGAAGCAAGCCAAAGCGAAGAUAAAUUUGUACUAUCUUGAACAACUAAUUAAAGAGAUGGUCCAUUGAUCAUCAUAUCAUUAUUCAUACUUAUUUA